CUUGGAUGUGUAUGAGAGCGUGAGUGAGUGUGUUUAUUAGGGUAAUUGUGGGAAUUUGAAGGAGCAACACCUGCAACUUUCUCCUUCACACACAGAGAUGGAGAAGAAUAAACUGACUGGAUGGAGUAGAGGCACUCUUGUGAUUCUUUUCCAUUUUGCUGUGUGUGUGAGUGUGUGUGUAGGGGAGGCAGGCCGCUGUAGUGUAUUUGGCUGGCAGCAUAUCCAUUCGUUUGAUGGAGUUCUCUACCAGUUCUCUGGAGACUGCAGCUACAUGCUGGCAGGAGACUGCCACAAGAGGACCUUUACCAUCCUGGGUGACUUCUCUCGCGGUGAGCGGAAGAGUGUGACUCUGUUCCUGGGGGAGUUCUUUGAGCUGCGUCUGGCAGUGGAUGGGACCCUGUCCCACGGCGCUGAGAGACUCCACCUGCCAUAUGCCUCCAGCUCUGUGUUUGCCGGGCGGGAGCUGGGGGGGGUGAGGAUGUGGAGUGAGGUGUUCGGCUUCUCUGUGCGCAUCGACGGAGACAACAACAUUGACAUCACACUCUCCAAGCACCAUGGCAACCGCACCUGCGGCCUCUGUGGCAACUACAACAGCUCACCUGAUGACGACUACACCACAAGGGAGGGGUUUUUAACAGACGACUCAUAUGAUUUUGCCAACUCCUGGAUGAUGAACGGAGUAGAACCCUGCAAGCGUGUGACUCCUCCCUCUGAGACUUGUAACGCCACUGAGGAGACAGCAAAGGAGCUGAUGUCCGAGUGUGAGGUGUUCCGCUCCUCUGCUGUGUUCCUGCACUGCGCUCACCUGGUGGACCCCGCUGCCUUCCAGUCGGUGUGUGAGCGAGUGUUACCGCGGGUGGCAGGAAGGAGUGUGUGGACGGGUUGCAGGAGCACGCCCGGCUCAGAACAUCGUGGGCGCCACGCUGUAUGUAUUGGAAAUGAGCAUGCCAGAUGUGCUCCCAAGUGUCCGGUCGGAAUGGAGUAUAGUGUGUGUGCUCAGUCCUGCUCAACCACCUGCCAGAGCCUCAACAUUCCAGAGGUGUGCCGGGAGGAGUGUGUGGACGGCUGCAAUUGUCCAGUUGGUAAGGUGCUGGAUGGGGAGAGGUGUGUGGAUGUGUCCCAGUGUUCCUGUGUGCACACAAGCAAACGUUACCCUCCAGGAUCCAGCAUCUCCCAGGACUGCAACACCUGUGUGUGUCAGCAUGGCUCCUGGCAGUGUACAAAUGAAGGUUGUCCAGGUGAAUGCUUUGUGACUGGUCAGUCUCAUUUUAAAACCUUUGAUGACAAGUUCUUCACCUUCAGUGGCAUGUGUCAGUACCUCCUGGCUAAGGACUGCAGUGAGAGUUUAUUUUCCGCUAUCAUAGAGACUGUGCAGUGCGCCGAUGACAAGGAUGCUGUCUGCACACGCUCAGUUAGCCUGCGAUUCCCUCAGAUGGCCAAUCAGACAGUGCGGCUGAAGCAUGGGGGUGUGGUGUCAGUGGAUGGGAUGGAUGUGCAGACACCACUUAUAAAUGGUGAUCUGCGUGUGCGGAGGACAGUACACACCGCUGUGAGGUUGUCUUACAGGGAGGACUUCAGCCUGGACUGGGAUGGCAGAGGCAGAGUGGUGCUCAGGCUGGGUCCGGGGUUUGCGGGUAAAACCUGUGGCAUGUGUGGCAACUACAACGGUAACCAAGGCGAUGACUUUUUGACCCCGAGUGGUCUGGUGGAGGGCGGUGUGGAGGGCUUUGGUAACGCCUGGAAGAUCCACCCAGAGUGCGACAACCUCCACAGCCAGCACGCUGACCCCUGCAGCCUCAACCCAAAGAGAGUGAUGUUUGCGGAGGAGUCCUGUGCCAUCCUCCUGUCUCCUAAGUUUGAGGCGUGCCACUACGAGGUGAACCCUGCGCCCUUCGUGAAGAACUGCCGGUACGACCUGUGCUCCUGCACAGAUGGACACGUGUGCUUGUGCUCGGCCAUCAGCAGCUACGCAGCCGCCUGUGCAGCCAAGGGAGUCCUCAUCCAUUGGAGAGAAAACGGAUACUGCGAGAUGGAAUGCCCUGGGAAGCAGCAAUACGAGCUGUGUGGAAGUGUGUGUGACCAGUCGUGCCGCUCCCUGUCUCUGCCGGACGAUCAGUGUGUGAGUCUGUGUGUGGAGGGCUGCUUCUGUCCAACUGGCCUGUUCCUCAGCGACAGUGGCGAGUGUGUGUCCAGGGAGGAGUGUUCUUGUCACUACGAUGGAGAGAUCUACCAGCCCAAUGACGUGUUUGCUGACCACCACUCAAUAUGUUACUGUGAGAAUGGCUCAAUGCGCUGCACUUCUAAUGACCAUCCAGGAGCCAUGCUGUCUGACCUCUUCUUUGAUGAGUUGUCACCCUCCAGAGAGCGUCGCUCUGUCUCCUGUCCCCCUCCUCUGGAGAAGCUGGUGUGUGAGUCUCCUCGAGAUCAGGGUAUAGAAUGUGCCAAAACCUGCCAGAACCUAGAGCUGGAGUGUGUGAGCCAAGGAUGCACCUCCGGAUGUGUGUGCCCUCCAGGAACGGUUCGUCACAGGAGAGACUGCAUUCCCCCAGACCAAUGCCCCUGUUUCCAUAACAACCGUGCAUAUGCUCCAGGGGAGUCUGUCAAGAUGGACUGUAACACUUGGUGAGUGUGUGUGUGUGUGUGUGUACGCUGGGACUGCACCAAGAAUGUGUGUGAUGGAGUGUGCCGCACUGUGGGGGAGUCUCAUUACAUCACAUAUGACGGACUGAAGUACACUUUCCCUGGACGCUGCCAGUAUGUUCUCACACAGGACUACUGUAAUGGAUUAGAUGGCUCUUUCCGUGUGCUUGUGGAGAACUCUGCGUGUGGGGUAGUGGGCCUUCGCUGCAGGAAGAGUGUGACCGUGUUCUAUAAGGGUGGAGUAAUCAGCAUGGGCGGAGAGUGGCACCUACACACACACACCUGCUCAUAUAUGCACGUGCGUAUGAGGAGGCCGGUGCUGAGUGGAGUGAGGGUGGAGAUUGUGAGGUCAGGUCUGUACUACAUCCUCCUGUUGGGCUCGGACAUCUCCAUCACUCAACAGAGCACCCGACCACGCCCAUCACUGGACCAAGGCAGGGGUAAAGUGUGUGGGUUAUGCGGGAACUUUGACAGCGUCCAGAAUAACGACCUGCUCAGCAGUAACCAGCAGAUGGCGGUAGAGCCUGCUGACUUUGGCAACUCCUGGAGGACCCAGCCCAGCUGUGCUGACGCCACACAGAUGCCAUCCCAGUGCAGUGCGGACAUGAUGAAGCUUGUGACGGUGGAGCAGUCCUGCCGUGUCCUCACCAGCUCCAUCUUUAAGGAGUGUAACAGUGUGGUGGAUCCAGAGCCCUAUUGGGAGAUGUGCACUCAUGACUCUUGUGCGUGUCCAUCUGUGGGUGACUGUGUGUGUUUCUGUGAUGUCAUCGCUGCCUACGCAGACACCUGUGGCCAGAAUGGGGUGACCGUCCACUGGAGGUCCAACGAGUUGUGCCCACUGAGUUGUGAGGAUCUUAAUCAGGGCUCUGAGUGCCAGUGGAAGUACAAUGCCUGUGCGGAAGCUUGUCCGUUGUCAUGCCAACACCCAGAGCAGCUUCACUGCCCUCAAGUGUGUGUGGAGGGGUGCCAUGCUACCUGCCCACCAGGCCAGGUUCUGGAUGAGGUGUUGCUGCGGUGUGUGACCCCUGAGAAGUGUGAGGUGUGUAUGCACAAGGGAGAGAGAGUGUCCCAUGGAAAACACAUCAUCCUUAACCAUGACAACCCUGACCUCUGCAAGAUCUGCCGCUGUGAGAAUAACACCCUCAUCUGUGAGCCCUGUCCGGCCUCGGCCAUGGCCACCACCAUGCUGCCCCCCACCACCCUCUUCACCUCCCCCGCACCACUCCUCUACUCCACCGCCAUGCCGGACGACGGCUGUGACCGCGCCAUGGACCUGGCCUUCCUGGUGGACGGCUCGACGGCGCUGACCGAGGAAGACUUCGUGGCGGUCAAGGCCUUCAUCUCCAAGCGUGUGACAGUCAUAGGCUCCACGCACACACCACGCGCCCUGUGCAGUUCCCUCCGGGUCAAGAGCUACGACAUGCAGGUGCAGAAGUGGAUCUUCAGGAAGAUGGUGCGUGAUAUGAAAUACAGUGGUGGCGAGGUGGCGUAUAUCGACGAGGCCUUGAAGUACCUGGCCGUCUACAUCUACGACAAGGACAAGCGCGUUCACGCGGGCCGAGUGGCCAUCCUGCUUGUGGCCAGUGCCAACCCUCGGCCCAUGCGCAACACCCAGCGUUUCCUCCGCAAGAAGAACAUCACCGUGCUCACCGUGGCGCUUGGGCCCUACGUGGACAUGACGCAGGUCAACGACAUCACAAAGGCCACGCCGAGCAGCCGAGCGUACGUGCUGAGCAGCGCGACCGAGCUCCAGGACCAGGGGCCACUCAUCACCGACUACCUCUGCACACUCGGACUGGACCCGGAGACGCCCAAGCCCAAGGUCUCGUCGUCCUGAAGCCCAUGACAGCCCGGCCAGAUACCCCAAGGCGCCAUAAUACUGGCCCAUGUACAUACCACCACUGCAAGCCCCUCCCGCUCCCCCACGAUGACCACAAGCCCUGCCCACGUGACGCAGAGCCCUGGCCAGGGCGCGGUGGACUUGGUGUUUGUGCUGGAGGGCUCCGACGCGGUCGGCGAGGAGGACUUCAACCGCACGCGCGACUUGCUGGUGGAGGUGGUGACGCUGCUCGAGGAGGUGUACACCAUCACCAUCGUCCAGUACUCGGAGACGGUCACUGUGGAGAUCAGCUCCAUGGAGAUCCGCCAGCAGCGGCAGCAGCUGCUGGAGCGCAUGCGUCAGAUCCGCUGGGCAGGCGGAGCCAAGACCAACACUGGCCACGCCAUCUUGUCACUCCAGACCGCCGCCACGCAAAGGCCCAGCCAUGCGCCCGAUCAGCUGGUCUUCCUGGUCAUGCAGAACCCGCCCACUGACCAGAUCCAGAGGCCCGACAGCUCCGCCCACACGCAGGUGUUCCCCGUUCUGAUUGGCCAGAAGGUGCAGGAGGUGGAGCUGGAAUCUCUGAGUUUCCCCUGGAAGCCCAUCGUCCUGCAGAGGCGGGAAGACCUGACCUCGCUGCUGCUGAACUUGACCAGGCCACGCAUGCCCCACCUGCCCACUUUACCCCCACUGCCCACACUACCGCCUUCAGUCCCUUGCUCUAAACCCAUGGACGUCCAGUUCCUCCUGAGAGCAUCUGAGGGCCGCUUGGAGGACUUGAAGACCUUUGUGAGAGCAUUCAUUCAGAAUACAGACAUCGGCCCAAACAGCACACAGGUGUCAGUGCAGGUGUUCGGUGAUAAAGUGGUGGAGGAGAUCUCCUGGGCAGAUGAGCAGAAAUCUGACAAUCUACUGAGACGUCUGGAGAGCAUACACACACCUCCAUCAACUACAGCCAGACUGGGUUCUGCGUUGCGAUCAGCGGUUCACACAGCUGUGUCCUCAGCCAAUGGGGGGCGAGUGGGCGUGCCCAAAGUGGUGGUGAUGAUAGUGACAGACAGGUCAGUAGACUCGGUCCAAGAAGCAGCUAGUGAGGCGCUGACUGCAGGUGUGGCAGUGUUUCCCGUGGGCGUAGGGGCGGAGUUUGAUCAUAAUGAACUGAGCACACUUGCUGGCGCACACACUCCUGCCAACGCCAUCCAGCUCAGCAGUACGGACGACCUCAUCGCCAUGGCAACACUCGGACACACCUUCUACGACAAACUCUGCCGUGCUGGUCCCCCAGGAGUGUGUGUGGAUGAUGAAGGCAACCAGAGGAAGCCGGGAGAGAGCUGGCAGCUGGCGGACGGGUGUCAUACCCUGCUGUGCAACCCAGGGGGCGCUGUGACAAUGCAGAGCCACAAGGUGAACUGUGAGCGCAUGGAGCCCCCAGCCUGCCUGGGCAACAUCAGAGCUGUCAAAGUACCAGAGGCCUGCGGAUGCAGCUGGCAAUGCCCAUGUAUGUGCAUCGGCAGCUCCUCCAAUCACAUCGUUAUGCUUUUUGUGUAUAGGCUCCUGAAGCUGGAGGGCUUCUGUUCCUAUUCGUUGAUUCAGCUGGGAGGGGCUGAGAUUAUUCUUCACACCACCCCCUGUGAAGCACUAUCCAAUCAGAUCUGUAUGAGUUCCAUGGAGCUGAAAGGGGGCGGAGCUAAUGUGGUGCUUCAGAAUGACAUGAAGGUGAGUGUGGAUGGAGCAGUGUCCCCAGUGCCUGUGCGUGUGGGGGGGUUGGAGGUGACCCAGUUUGGGGCGGUACUGCACCACCUGAGGGCGCCACACCUGGGCCUCACCAUCACUUUCACGCCCCAGAGCAACGAGUUCACCAUCACCAGGGAUAUCGCCAUGACGGCCAACGCCACCUCCGGCAUAUGUGGUUCAUGUGGUAAGGAUCAGCUGUUGCUAAGUGACGGCUCGGUGACCUCUGACCCCGGGCGUUACCUGAGGUCGUGGGUGGUGGCGGUGGUAAGCCCGCGCCGUCCGGACAUGUGCUGCCUGGCGUGGCGGGCGCCAGCGGCGCUGACCGGUGCCGCCUUCCAGCCGUGCCACGCGCUGGUGAGCCCUGACCCCCACAUGGCGCACUGCCAGAAGACCGCCUGCCACCCCAGAGAUGUGUGUGACCUCGUCUCCGCAUACAGCAGUGUGUGCCGCCGAAAGGGCGUGUGUGUGGCCUGGAGGACCCCCGACCUGUGCCCAAUGUCCUGCCCCUCGGCCAUGCGAUAUCAGGCAUGUCGGAGCGGAUGUGUGGAGGAUUGUGGGAGCGGCCCAGGGUCUCCAGGCGGCAUGGUUGAGCUGGGAGACGGUAUCACCAUGGGCAACGGCCCUCAGUGCUCCAGCACGCCCAUGGAGGGCUGUUUCUGUCCCGAGGGGACUGUCCAGCGGGGUGCUGAGUGUGUGAGCAGAGAGGCCUGCACGGAGUGUGUGGACGCCAAGGGACAUGCACACCCGUAUCUCCAAAGCUGGUAUCCCGAUGACAACCCUUGUCUGAUGUGUGUAUGUCUGGAUCAGAAGCAAAUCAACUGCACUGUUCUCCCAUGCACAAACUCUAAAGCUCCUGUAUGUGCCCCUUGUGAGAUUGUCAGGGAGAAGAAAUCAAGCUGUUGUCCAGAGUAUGAGUGCGUCUGUGACGAGAAGUGUGUUCAUCCUGAACCUCCCCGCUGUGAGAAUGGCCAGAGUCUCUCUCUUACCAACCCAGGAGAAUGUGCACCCAUCUAUGAAUGUGUCUGUAAGAAAGAGGAGUGUUCUCUGGUGACUCCGCCCACCUGCCCCGCCCACCGACGCCCCUCUGUCACAAAGACAGAGUGCUGUGACAUGACGGAGUGUGUGUGCGACUGCCACAACUCCACCAAGACCUGUCCACCUGGACACAUCACCAUAGCAACCACCAACGACUGCGACUGCACGGAAGUGUCCUGCGAGCCAGACAAGGUGUGUGUGGUGGAGGGAGUGGCCUACCAGGUGGGCAGGCACUGGAAUGAUGGCUGUAAGACCUGCGGCUGCAUGGACAGCAGAGAUGAGUCCACCGGCCUUCACAUCGUCCAGUGCCAGAACAAAGUGUGUCAGAACGACAUCUGCCCAUUGGGAUCUUCUUUCUCUCAAGCAGAUGGGGAGUGCUGUGGCAAGUGUGUAAGGAGUAGCUGUCUGGCCGAGGAUGGAACACUCAAACAGGUGGGGGAGAGAUGGCAGGCUGAUGCCAGAGGGUGUGUGUAUAGUGAGUGUUUGCGGGUGCACCAGGAAGUGUUUAUCGGCCAUAACAACGUCUCAUGUCACAUGAUGGACACACCCACCUGUCCCCUGGGAACAGAACUUCAGUGCAACACUGUGGAUCACUGUUGUCCUGUGUGCCAAUGCGCUACUUUGGAUGUGUGUGUGAUGAACCAUACAAUUAUUGGAGCGGGGGAGCGUGUGAUGGUGGAUGUGUGUACUCACUGUGAGUGCUCCAUAGAGAGGGGCCUGGUAAAGAAGGCCGGCCUCUCCUGCCGAAAGAUCACCUGUUCCCCAUGUCCAGAGGGUUACAAUAUGGAGCCGGUGGCUGACUCGUGUUGCGGUCGCUGUGUUGCAUCUGCCUGCACCGUCAAAAGGCCAGAUGGACAGCUCAUCAGUCUGAAGGCCAACAGCUCUCGUGAGGAUGGGUGUGUGCUGCAUUCAUGUGGUGUAAACAGAGAUGGCGAUCUCGUGCUGGAGACCAGAAUCACCACCUGCCCUCCAUUCAAUCGCCAACAGUGCCUGGAUGAAGGGGGGACGAUCACACAGAUUGGAAACAGCUGCUGUGAGAUGUGUACGGAGCCAGAAUGUAGGAAAGCCGUGGGAGUGCUGAACUAUAUCAGAGUGGAUGACUGUCAGUCUGAAGAGAAGAUAGAACUGCGUUUCUGCGAGGGUAAAUGCCGCAGCAAGUCGGUGUACUCUCUGGAGAAACACGCCGUGGAGCCGGAGUGUGUGUGCUGCUCCUCCACCGGCACCGAGCCUCUCAGCGUGGCGCUGCGCUGUCCCAACGGAACACACACACACACACAGCUGCUGUCCGUCACUGGCUGUGAAUGCCAGGCCCACGCCUGCCCUGCUGAACACUGAGUCUGACUGUGUGUGUGAGUGUGCGUGUGAAAGAGAGAGACAGAGAGAAACUGAAACAAAACAGAGAGAAUGACACAGAGACGCUGUAGGUGAUACAUAAUGAAGAGAAUCCAAGAGAACAAGAGAACAGUUAGGAGAGACAGAACGAGAGAACGAGAGACAGAAUGAGAGACAGAGAGAGAAAAUGAGAGGCAGAGAGAGAGAAUGGGUGAAAAGUCUGCGCUGCCUUGUAUGUGUAAAGGGCUAUGAGUAGGCUACAGAUAUAUCAAAACCACUGAAGACGUAUACUUUGAUCCACAGUUAUCCUUUCAGCACUUUAAUAUAAGUGAGUCAGAGACAAAGUACAAACUGGACAUGGAGAUGUGUUCCUUUUCUACACCAUCACAAGAAUGCUGCAAACUCAUAUGACUGUAUUUGUCAUUGUACUAACACAACAAUAAACAUAUAAAAAAUAUAUCACACAAUGCA